AUGGCUUUCAAACUAGACAUGAGCAAGGCAUACGAUUGUGUGGAAUGGAGCUUUUUGGCAGCAGUAAUGAGAAAAUUGGGUUUUAGUAACAGUUGGGUCUCUUUGGUCCUGAAAUGCAUCUCCUCAGUCUCCUACUCUAUCCUUCUAAAUGGUGAACCUCAAGGCUUCUUCAUGCCCACUCGAGGAUUAAGGCAAGGGGACCCCCUCUCCCCUUACCUUUUCAUCCUCUGUGCAGAAGCAUUAUCAUGCCUCAUUCUCAAGGCAGAUUUUGAAGGAAGUAUCUCAAGUGUCCCAAUGGGCAAAGGCCUUAUCAAAGUAAACCAUCUCUUUUUUGCAGAUGAUAGUUUGAUAUUUUGCAAAGCCAACUCCCUUGAGUGGAGUAGACUAAUGAGGAUUUUGACCCAAUAUGAACUAGCCUCUAGCCAGAAGCUCAACAAAGAAAAAUCCUUAAUCUACUUCAGCAAGAACACACCAACUGAAAACAAGAGUACAAUUCUGCAGAUAGCUGGAGUCAAUGCAAUAGGAUCUUUUGAAAAUACCUUGGCCUUCCUACCAUGGUGGGGAAAACCAAGAUUGCAUCCUUCCACAACUUAA